UCACACAGAACGUCUUUGACCAAGCCAUCAACAACGAAUGCUUUGGGGAGAAGUGAUAUCAGUGACCGCUAGCUGCAUGUUAGCGAGAUAGAGAAGAGCUAGGAAGGGUAAUAUCGGAAGGGGGUAGUGAACGGGGAUUUGGGCUCUUUUCAUAUUUGGCUGUAACAUAUCUAGCUAUAUAGAUCCAAAAUAACGAUUGUAGCUAGCUUCGACGAAUACGAGGGGAACACCACUCAACAGCAGUGUAGCUAGCUAGCGUUACCACCAUCUCCCGCAGUUUAAGCGACUACUGUGUCUUCCAUACGAUGGGAAACACUGCUACCGCCAAGAAAGGCAACGAGCUUGAGAGCGUGAAAGAGUUUCUAGCCAAAGCCAAAGAAGACUUCUUACGGAAAUGGGAAUGUCCACCACAGAGCACGACGGGCCUAGAUGACUUUGACAGGUUAAAGACCCUGGGUACAGGCUCGUUCGGGAGAGUCAUGCUAGUCAAACAUAAAGGAACAGAGCAGUUCUUCGCCAUGAAAAUACUGGACAAGCAAAAGGUGGUGAAACUCAAGCAAAUAGAACACACGCUAAACGAGAAGAGAAUAUUGCAGGCUGUGUCUUUUCCCUUCCUCGUCAGACUUGACUAUGCCUUCAAGGACAACUCCAAUUUGUACAUGGUGAUGGAGUACGUUCCAGGAGGAGAGAUGUUCUCACAUCUAAGACGAAUCGGAAGGUUCAGUGAACCGCACGCACGGUUUUACGCAGCCCAGAUAGUACUGACGUUUGAGUACCUUCAUUCACUUGAUCUUAUCUACAGAGAUCUGAAGCCUGAGAACCUUCUAAUUGAUCACCACGGCUACAUCCAGGUGACCGACUUUGGAUUCGCCAAGAGGGUAAAAGGCAGAACCUGGACGUUGUGUGGAACUCCAGAGUACCUGGCGCCCGAGAUCAUCCUCAGCAAGGGCUACAACAAAGCAGUGGAUUGGUGGGCCCUGGGGGUCCUUAUAUAUGAGAUGGCUGCUGGAUACCCUCCCUUCUUCGCUGACCAGCCCAUUCAGAUCUAUGAGAAGAUUGUGUCUGGAAAGGUCCGCUUCCCAUCCCACUUCAGCUCUGACCUGAAGGACCUGCUGAGGAACCUGCUGCAGGUGGACCUGACCAAACGCUACGGCAACCUGAAGAACGGUGUAAACGACAUCAAGGGACACAAGUGGUUCGCCACAACGGACUGGAUCGCCAUCUACGAGAGGAAGGUGGAAGCCCCGUUCAUACCAAAGUGUCGAGGCGCUGGAGACACAAGCAACUUCGACGACUAUGAGGAGGAGGAGAUCCGCGUCUCCGUAACGGAAAAAUGCGCAAAGGAGUUUUCCGAGUUUUAGCUCGUGUGAACGUGGAUAUAUCAGGGCUAAAACACACAUGAAAAAUAAGGGGAUCUUUGCACUCUUCUAAAGACUUGGGGUUGGAGCAGAGACCAUUGUUCAACUAUUACUAAGUAGUUCCUUCAUUCCACGAGGCUGAAUGAGGUCGCCAUGAUCCUUGGGUGCCGAUGAUAACACCUUCACUGUCACACACACUUGCAUAUUAAAGCAAACGCGUCACCUUAAAAAAAAAUUUAAAAAAAACUCUUCCCACUCUGUUUUUGAACUUUGUAGCAGUUGUUGUUGUCAUGGAUGUUGUGCUCCCCUUUACAGCUGUGAUAUUUUUCGUUUUAGGAGGAAAACCAGAAACAGAGUUACUAUAUGAGACAAAGGCCAAUUGAAUAUUAUAAGUCCACGCAGUGUAACUUCAAACCGAUUUUGCCUGUGGCAGUAUCGCACAUGAUUGUGUGGUUUUGUAGGGCAUUGCCUCUAGUUGUCAAAAGUUUAUAUUCUUGGUCUGUUACAAGUCUGGGAUGGUUUUCAAGAAAAACAUAUUCUCACCUUGGACUAGGACAAUGUUUUGGCCAUAUUUCAGAAAUAGUAUUUGUUCUCUGUGUAUAAUGUUUGUCACUCUAAGACAUUUUAAACACCCUUGAGUGUUAAGAGCAUGACCAAAAUACAACUAAUUGGGUGACCGAGGAAGAGAGGUCCCUUCCUUUCUUUACCUUUUGCCUUAGAGAGCCAAUUCCAACACCCCACAAAGUGCCCAUUCUCUGGCCCUGUAACAGGGAAGUCAUUACAGAGAAUGGUGAACCCAAUUACAAACAGAAAUGAACAAAACAGUGAUUUGUUGUUUCUGUUUGUGCCAGAGAAAGUCUAGAAUUUGUAAUCUCUCCUUUUAAUUGACCAUAUUUUAAUCCAUGGAUUUAAAACUGAAGGCUUUUUGCUCCCUAAAAUGUAAGAUCUGCUAAUAAAAAAGGACCCUUUUAAAAAUGAA